ACACACACACACACACACACACAUCUGGCUGAACUGGGAGUCAGGUGGCUGAUUUGUGCCUGGCGGCAACAGCACCACUAAUAUUUCCUUUUUACCAUCUCUGUCCUUGGCCCUCUUGAAUACAUCAAGCCAUGGAGGCAGUGACUGUGUAUCAUGGCAAGAUCAGCCGGGAGACUGGGGAGAAGCUACUGCUUGCCAGGGGACUUGAUGGCAGCUAUUUGUUGAGAGACAGCGAGAGUGUUCCAGGAGUGUACUGCUUGUGUGUGCUGUAUCAAGGUUAUAUUUAUACAUAUAGAGUGUCCCAGACAGAAACUGGAUCUUGGAGUGCUGAGACAGCACCUGGGGUACACAAAAGAUUUUUCCGGAAAAUAAAAAACCUCAUUUCAGCAUUUCAAAAGCCAGAUCAAGGCAUUGUAAUACCUCUGCAGUAUCCAGUUGAGAAGUCCUCAGCACGAAGUACACAAGGAACUACAGGGAGAAGAGAGUCUGAUGUCUGCUUGAAAACUCCAUGAAGAAAAAUAAAACACUUUACUGUCAAUAAUUUAAAUAUAGAUUAAGUCUUGUAUGUUGUAGAUGAUAUAGUUCAGUGAGCCAUAAAUGCGUUUCUAGUUCUAUCAUAGUCCUAUGAUGGAAGCAUCUAGCUUGAUGUUUAAGCUGAAAUGGACCUUGUAGAUAAUGAAGUGCUUUGAAAUAGGAUAGAGAAAAAUGAUUCCUUAGGUUAUUUUUAGUUAUUAUAUUUUAAAAAUAAGAGAGAAGUUAAAGCCUAGUGAAUACUUUAUGAAAGAUUAAUGUCAAUUCUUGCCAAUCAUAAAUAAAACUAAUCCUCAGCUUUAGUCAAAAAGACCACUUUUGAAAGGUGAGAUAUUCUGUGAUAGUGAUUUUUGAGUGUCUCUGAUUGUAGGGUGGGAAGGUAGUUAUAAUGUGCAAUGUUGCACUAGCUAUGAUGUGAUAGGCUGUUUGGGGCUUUGAAACUGUAUGCUUAAACCAGUGCUAGAUAAAUAGUGAAGAAAUCCAUUUGAAAUAUGAAAGAAACUUACUUGUCUAGAAUUCUAGUUUUGGACAUAAGAUGUACAAACCAAUCUGGAGCUUAAAGUCCUAUAAUUUAAGAUGUUCUAAAUGUUUGUUCUAUUUGAUACUACAGAUGAGUGGUCUGAUGAAGUGGACUUUUCUUCUUUUCGUUUAUCUGUGCCCCAGUUGUUCCUAUUACCUGUAAAAUCUCAUUUGGAAGGGAAUCGUGAAACCACUGGGAAGUUUAUCUUUACAUUAAUUAAUUAUAAUUUUUCUGAAACUUAAAUGAGAGUCCGAAUUUUAUACAGCAUUUUCUCUUCACUGCUAUAUUGUCAUCACUUUUUGAGUGAUUACAUGCCAACCUGCUUCAGGCCUUCCAGAAUUCAUUUAUUCAUUCAACAAUGUAAUAGGUUGCUGGGAAUAGAGAAGUAAAAGCACUUGUUAGCUGCUCUUAAGUAGUUCACCAUACAUUUGGACAAGAAACCCCAACAACAAUAAAAACAAUAUAAGGAAAAGACAAAAAUAACUAUAUAAGUUUAUAAGUAUGUAAGUGAGGUUCCAAUAUGUCUUUAGAAACAGUUGAGUUGAUGCAAAUACUCUGGUCUAUGUUACAUAGGAAAAGACUAUAUUGGACUGUAAACUAAUAUGUUAAAAUUCUGGGCUGUACAUUAAUCUGUGGGCUUGGUUAAUAAUUAGUGAAUUCCUGACAGAUAUAGUUACUCUUUGUCCCUUGAGCAUUUAAUAUGGAUAGCAGAGAAGUGCAAAGGUGGAGUAUAAUCACUGUAGUACAGUGUAGGCAGUUCCCAAUUUCUUGAAGUAAUAAGCACCACUUGUAAAGGAAUUCAGAAACCUAAUUUCAAAUUAAAAUGCCCACAAAUAAAUAAUUUUACUCUCUAAUUUGUUAAUUCUGAAACAAUCCUACAUAUAUGAAUGAUGUCAGCAUGUUCCUUUACGAAAGUCCUUUUUUGAGGAAAGCUUUCUGCUGUCAGUGGUAUUUCACACUUUAAAAAAGUAUCUGAAAACUUUAUCAAACUACUUUUGUUUUAGUAUAUCCAUCUAAAAUGUUUAGAGAGGUGCUAGUCAUCAAACUGAAGCAUGAUAAAGGUUGUUAAACCAAUUUCCUAGAAAAGGCAAAUAUUUUUCUGAUUUAAGUAUGAUAAAACUUCCCAGUUGAUGAACAUACUUCCAUCCCCUUUGGCUUUACUUUUAUUUAUCAAAUUUAUUGCAUUUUUUACUUCCCAAUGUGAUCAUCUUUUUUAGUUUCCAGUAUAUAAUAGACUACACUUUUACAGAAAGAUCAUAUCCUGGCUGUAUCUAAAAUAUUUCCAUAUUAACAUGUACAUGUGGAGUCAAAGUAGAAAAAUAUAUAUAUAAUUCUAAGUGUGUCCUCUUUAGGGAAAAAGGUAUGUCAGCAAGUCCACAGCUUAUGAAAUACCUGUUCAUUUCCUCUGAAAUUUGUUCUUAAGAGAUAAGAUAAUUGUCUGCUUAGAUAAUUUCUGUUUAACUGUGACAGGCAAGAAUGCUUGUGAUAGUAAACAGGUAGAACAAAUCUACAGAGAAUUCCUCUGAUUAAGUCAUCUAGUACAAAUAAAGGACUGGAAUAAAGAUAUUCUUUGAAGUAGAAUGUACAGAAAAUUGUAAAAAAUGUGAGAAACCGUUUAUAAUCCUGUUAAGUAUGUUUCAAUAUUUACUGACCUCUUAUGUGAUUCAUGUUGUUAGCUCAGAAUCCAAAAUCUAUUCAUAAUAAAACUCAAGUUUGCCCUUGAGCAUUUCAAGGUUA